UGAAUACUAUGCCUCAGGACGGACAGCGAGUGGCGUGUACGCCAUGUUUUUCUACCCUACCCGGAUCGGAACCUACUGUGACAUGGACACUGCAGGAGGCGGGUGGACCGUGAUCCAGCGGCGGCAGGACGGGUCGGUUCCCUUCAACCGGAACUGGGAGGAGUACAAACUGGGCUUUGGAGAUAAAAAGGGGGAGUUUUGGCUUGGGAACGAGGUCAUCCACCUCCUGACAAACUUUAAAAACCACCAGUUAAGAAUUGACAUGGAGGAUUGGGGAGGGAACAAACGUUUCGCCCUUUAUAGCACUUUCAGGGUGUCCGGUGAGGCGGACGGGUACCGCCUGCACAUUUCCGGGUAUUCAGGCACCGCGGGAGACUCCAUGGCUCACAACAACGGUCACAGGUUCUCCACUUUGGACAGGGACAAUGAUGUCUGGAGUAGCCAUUGUUCUCGGACGCGCGGAUAUGCCGGCUGGUGGUUUAACAGCUGCACCCACUCCGUUCUCAACGGGCGUUACCUGGGCAACUGUGGGAGCUCCUGUUCAGCCUGGCAAGGUGUGGUGUGGUACCACUGGAAAGGCUCCGACUACUCCCUUAAAUCUGUGUCUAUGAAAAUCAGACCAUAACCGGAGCAGCUUUUUUUUCUAAAUCAGGUUCGUAUGGCCUGAUGUUACCAUCAUGAAGAUGAAGAGCGGCCCAUAGAGA